UUCUCAACAAGCAUGGCUGAAUUAUAAGCAUCAAGAUUGUCUAGUACUUAGCUCAUCUUCAAUGCACUGUUUAUAUCAUUGUUCUUUUGUGCCUUCAUAUUGUCCUGAAAUAAUCAAAAUUUAUGUUGGGUUUUUGAGAAAUUACUAAAGCUAAUACGAGUAUUUCGUUUUGGUAAAUUGUCUGGGAAUAUUCUUUGAAAUGCUUUUGCCAUUAUCUAGAUGUCUAAACGCUUCUCAGAUUGGUGAUUUUAAUUCUCAGGUUCGGUUCCGUUAGAGUAUUAAGAAGAACUUCACCUGAUUCUCCAAAUGAUAAAUAUCAAUAGAGAAAUGAAAUUCAUCUCAACCACCAAGAGCUCCAGAGGUUUACACAACGGAGCCUCCAAGAAGAGGUCUCAGUACAUUGGAGUUCUAAGAAAUGGUAACAACUGGCAAAUACAAAUCAACUUAAGUAGCAAGAAGAAGCAUUUUGGAAUCUUCAGCAAUGAGAUAGAGGCUGCAAUUAUGCAAAAUUUCUUCUCUAUUGGGGUCAAUGGCAUAGAUGUUAAAACCAAUUUCAACUAUGAUACGAUUACAGCACAAGGUAUGAUAAUGAACUAUCUCACCAAUGAUAACUUCUCCAGUCCAUCUGACUUCUUAACAAAAGUAUAAUGGAGGACCUAGA